AUGUCGCAGACACCGCGAAAGCCCCAGCGCGUCUCCAAAGCCUACAGCACUGAGCUCACAUUGCUCCUGCAGGCGACUUCUGCAACAGACGCAGUAUUAAAUGUGGCAAAAGUGAAGAUCCGCUACGCUGGUACCAGGGCUCCUGUGAGAGACACACAAUUCGUAACAACGCCUGUUUCCGAGCAUUUCACCCCUGUUGCUGCCUCUACACCAACUACAAGAACGACAUUGGGCUCCCCCCCAUCUAUGAGCCCAUACUACCCCGGUUCAGCCCGCACACAAGCGCUAGAUGGUGAUCCCUGGUCUGCGUUCAACACCAGCGGGGUGGUGACUGAAGGAUAUGAUGACGACGUUGCUCUACGACACUCCUGGAGUUCAUUCGCUAUAUCCAGCAACCGACAGAUUCAGGACCUUGUUCAAGUAUAUUUUGAAAUCGUCUAUCCAAUCUUUCCUCUGUUCCACAAACAAUCUUUCAUUGGAAAGGUACAAAAUCAGGAAUAUCUUCGAAACCCGGGUUUGUUUGCUUCAACGAUGGCUGUCUGCGCGCUAGUCUCCGGCCGUGUGCGAGAUGGAGCGCUGUUUACCAAUCGAUGGCGUCGAGAUCAGCUUGCAGAACCACCUUCAGAAAUAUUUUAUGCAGUGGCAAAAGACACGAUUCCCCGGGACCUUUCUAGAGCAAACGGCAUGAACUACAUGCGUGCGUGCGCCAUCCUCGCAAUUGCCAGUAUUCAAAAUGGCCAGAUCAAGAACAUACGGAAAUACUCCGGCAUGUACCACACUUUAACUAGCAUGGAGGGCCUUCAUGAUGAGGAUCUUUGGCCAAAGGAUUUGAGCAUUAUUGAAACCGAAGAGCGGCGACGACUGUUUUGGUCCAUGUACACCCUGGAUAUUUAUUCCACGAUCAUGUGGGGAGGUGUGAUUCGAUAUCGCGAGGCUAAUUCUCUGGUACGAUACCCGAGCGAAGUUGACGACGAGUUCAUCAUAUAUCAUGACUAUGGCCUGCCGCCAGUAUCUCCAUAUUCGAGCGUUCUUAGUUCGGGAGAUGUGACCAUCGCUUCACCCCAGCCCGUGGCAUGGCUUCGUGGCUGGAACUUUACCACAGAUCUCUAUCGGAUUCUUGAACAUGUGGUCGAUAGCAAUUGGCGUCGUUUCUCUGCAGCGAAUGGAACCGCGCAAGUCCAUUCCCUGUUCAGCCCGCCACCUAUAUCAGAAGCAGCUGUGAUGGAGCAUAUCCUAUCCAUGUACGCUGCGCUGCCAUCACAGUUCAAAGAAACCCCACCUAUCACAGGCGACAUGACCAAGGAUCUAUUCGGGUUUCAAUCUGCCAAUAUCCAAGCCACAUUGCAGCUUCUCCGGAUGUCGAUCUUGUCGGCGGAAGAACUUGGCGUGGACCGAAAAUGUGACGUGGCUGAAGAACUUCUUAGCUUUUUCAGUAAAGUCCCUUUGGGGUAUUUGAGAGCUAUUAGCUCCCCUCUGCUUCAUCAUCUUGGUUCAAUUGGCUACAUUCUCGGUUCUGUCAUGGAAGGAAGUCUAUCGGAAGCAUCUUAUCAGCGGGUCCGCACGUUAUUAGUUGACAUUGCCGCCCUUCUUCACCUCCUCGAAACGAGCCUUCAGCGCGCCACAGGCGCCAGUGAACGACUCUGGUCGCAGCUAGACCGAAUCGACGCUUACAUGCACGCAUCUCGGCAGCUCAAUCUCACAGCGGGACAUCCGCCCACGAAUAAUAAUUCAGUCCCGGUUGAUGCCGGAACUUGGCCUACUACGCUGUCGACAGCGAAUUCCCACAGUGGCUCAGGCCCGGCUGUCGGGGCACCGACCGCACUCAGUGAGCAGACGUUGCAAUUUCAGCUUCCUCCAGAACUGUUAACGGACUGGCCAUGGCCGCUGGAUGCUGCACAUUCGGAGGGCUUUCUGCCUCUGGCGUUCGAGUAA